UCAAACAGGAUCGGAUGGGGAACUCUCUGCGUCGCCGGCGGCGGAGCCUACUACUUCGCUAAGAAAUCCAUCAACGCCGACCGACAAUCCCGCUUCGAGACCGAGAUGAAACGCAAAGCACAGCUGGCUGCCAUGGAAGCGGAACAUCGGCGCCAGUCCGCCGCGGCACUACAAAGCAACUCAGUGCCCGUUCCCUCCGACGACCCGAGCAUGAAGCGCGCCGCCCAACUGGCCCGGUCUCAGAACGCCGCCGACGACGUCGCCUCGCCCAGCGCCGAGGCCAGUCACGAUCCCGCCGCGACGCGCCACGAGCCUGAGACCGAGGCCGAUCGCGUAGUGGAGAAGGGGAAAUAUGAGGCCGCGCAGCCGUUUAGACCUCCCAAGGGGAAUCGUCUUUGA